AUGAAGUAUAAGGAGGAGACUCCGAGCUACAUGUACUCAGAGAUAGAAGGGACUGAAGAAGAAAUAAUUAGUCUUAUGGAUGAGUCUGAGGAAAUCAACCCUUCUCAGGAAAGAGAGAUGAGAGGAAUGAUAGGAGACUUCGAGUACAUAGAAAACAAAUGGAUAGGAAAUUACCGAUUUAUAAGGCAGCUGGGAACUGGAAGUAGUAGCAAGGUUGUGCUUGGAUGCGAUCCACAAAGCGGGGAAAAGGUUGCAAUCAAAAUAAUUCCCAAAAGGAUGAAUGGCACGGAGACUAGCGAGGUUGAGAUGAGAUGCGACCAGAGGAUAUUCAGAGAAGUUAUUAUAUCAUCUGUGGUAAAUCAUCCGCAUAUUGUUCGGUUGAAGAACUUUCUGUAUAGCCCUACACACUACUUUCUAAUAUUCGAGUAUGUGAAAGGAAGGCAGUUGUACGAUAUUAUCAUUAGUAACGGGCCUCUGAAGGAGAAGGAGGGGCAGAGGUACUUCAGGCAGUUACUUUCUGCAGUUGACUACAUCCAUAAGAAUUCGAUUGUCCACAGAGACCUGAAGAUAGAAAACAUCCUGAUUGACGACAACGACAAUGUCAAGCUGAUCGACUUUGGACUAUCGAAUUUUUACGACAACAAAACCCUGCUGAACACAUUCUGUGGAAGUCUGUACUUUGCAGCGCCAGAGCUUCUUCAGGGGCAGAGAUACUGUGGACCAGAGAUAGACAUCUGGAGUCUGGGGGUUGUUCUAUAUGCGACUCUGUGCGGAUGUGUUCCAUUUGAUGACGAAAAUGUUCAGGGACUCCAGGAAAAGAUAAAGGAUGGAGACUUCAAGUUCUGCAAGACGAUUUCAAGAGAGGCUCAGGAGCUAAUCCGAGGGAUGAUUGUUGCACAGCCAUCCUCUAGAAUGGGGCUUGACCAAGUGAUUGGAAGCGAAUGGGUAAACGGAGAUCAAAAAGGCAGAAUCAACAGCUAUACAGCAAAGAGAUAUCCAAUAAUGAAGAUCAACGAGAGGUACAUAGAGUUGUUGUCGAGAGCAAUCCGGUUCCAGUUCCCCAACAUUGAAAGAGAGAUUAGAAGAUUCCACAGAAUAUGCAAGGAAGACAUGGGGACUUUAGAGCAGAUCUAUUGGUCGAGAAGGCCUGUGGUGUCUCUCUAUUAUCUUGUUUCUGAGAACCUUGGAGAAGACAACGAAAACAGAAUCUACGAAGAAGAAGAUGAGACAGAACUGCCACAGGGGCAACCAGAAGCCAUCCAUGACUUUGUAAGGUUUAUAUUUUCUGGAGAGAGAACCUGUACUCGAAAACACGUUAAAAAGGAGGUGCUUCUGGAAUCUGCAAGCCAAGACACCCUGGUGUCCCUGAAGGGAAAGGACAACGGGCUUCCACGAAUCAGACAGACAUACUUGAAGGGGUUCUUCAGGGGGAUAAGGGUAAAGCACAUCGGAAGCCACAAUGCACUCAAAAAGAUACUCCUUGACAUAUUCAAUGCAAAUAGUAUUAUCUACGAAGUUACCGAUAAGAGCUACUUUUGCUCUGCAUACUACGAGGAUCUGGAAUGUCUUUUCAAGGUAUCGAUGUAUUUUAAUGUGCUUCUUAACGAAUAUUAUCUUACUGUGACACCUCUGAACAGCGAGAAGAAGCUUUUUAAGAAUGUAUAUGAAUGGAUUUCCUCUGGAUUGAGGAAUAGAACGUGA